AAGAAUGGUCUUUGGGGGCCAGGCUUUUCUUAGUCCAUGUGACUAGACUCCAUUAUUGCUAAUGGAAGUUGUACAUGAGCCUGCAAAGAAUAGACAUCGAUAGAAUCCACAUUUAGAUUUUCAGUCAUUUUUAUUUAGCUGUUACAAGAGUCUAACGUGAUAUUGCUUUGUCCCCAAAUGUUAUUUGACAUUGACUGGCGGUGUCUGGUGAUGGGUCUGAGGUUGUUACUUUAACAGGCAUAAGCAUUUCUUUCCUCUGUUUCAGCUGAGAAGUGUUGAAAAUGACCACCAUAUCAAACACAGUUACUCUGUUCCCUGCAAAGACCUACGCCAUAGACCUUGGCAUAGGAGCCAGCAUGCUGCCUGGUUUUACUCAGCCUACAGUGCUCACAUGCUUUCUUUAUGUAUAUGUUAAUAGAGUUUUGCUUGUUAUAAAAAAAAAAGAGACCUCCAAUUAAAUUUCUCAUCAUGCUUGUUCUGAGUUCACAUUAAGUCCAGAAUUCUGGAGGAACUGAACAAGUGAACCCUGUAGACAUCAGGUAGUUGGCCAUGGUGUUGGCCAUGGCGUCUCACGAUGCCCAGAACUUCUUUCAGCCUCUAUCUUCCUGGAUAUUCCGGGUUUAUGAAGCUCUCCAGCAAGCAGGGGAUACAUUAUCUGCUUCACUGGUUCUCUUAAGCAAACAAGACUCGACACUGAGUGACAAGCCAGACCAGGACUUAGAUGAUGUUCAGGUUCAGGAAACCUACUUUGAAGAUGAAGAGCAGGACAAUGGAUGGCAUCCAGAGGAGGCAAACUCCUUGUUUCUUGAAGAAGACCGUGUUUCAUGCUCUAAUAGUGAUUUGCAGGUCCAAACGUCAAGCCCCAGAUUUAGCCAACAUGCCAAAGACUCAUGUUCCAUAAUAUCCCAGUGGUCCAGUCAGACCCCAGCUGACCCGAAGCCCCUGAAUGUGCUUUCUUCUGUGACUGAGGAAGAACAUCACUUUGAAAAGCAGAGAUGUGGCCUUCAGCAUUGCUUUGACACCCAGCUCCCUGGCACUUUAGAAAAAGUUAACGGAAAAAGGCAAGAACCACACAGGGGAUUCAUUGCUUGUUUGCUCCCAGUUAACAGCUUUGGGGAUGAUGAAGAACCAUCCACAUCUGAGAGUGACGAGGAUGUGAUCAAACGAUUUGAGAUCUCUGUAUCCCGAUCCCAGAGUUUUCGUGCAGGAACGUGUGAGAAGGAAAAACCAACAGAGUUGGAGCAGAAACCAACGUGCAGCCGUUUGCUCUCCACCCACCAAGAAGAUAGCACUGAACUGUCCGCCUGUGAAGAUUUUGAUGGAACCAGCCAACAGAGUUAUUCUGAAAUUCUGUCUUAUGAAGAUCACCCUGUCUCUACCCUCUCACAGUCACCAUGUGAGGGCAGGGACACCAGGCACCAUGGUGCAUGUCACCAAGAGACCAGCAUGGUCCCAAGUCUCAGUCAUCAGUGUGCAGACGGCAGCCUGGAGAUGGAGACAGCUUUUACUAGUCGGGGCUUUGAAGAUUCCUAUGCCACUGACAGCUCCUCUGUGUGGAGUCCAGAGGAGCAGUAUGGGACCCAUCUGCAGAUGCCACCAAGGCUCUUGGAGCCCAUCUCAAAAUGCGGUGACCUAGAUGUUGUCUUUGAAUAUAAAGCUGUGACCCAGAAGCUCACAGUGACCAUUGUGAGAGCACAGGGCCUUCCAGAUAAGGACCGAAGUGGCGUCAACUCCUGGCAAGUUCAUGUAGUGCUGCUUCCCAGUAAGAAACAGAGGGGAAGGACAAACAUCCAGAGAGGGCCCAACCCUGUUUUCAAGGAGAAAGUCACCUUUGUCAAACUGGAGCCCAGGGAUGUGGCUGCCUGUGCUGUCCGCUUCCGCUUGUAUGCUGCACGUAAGAUGACCCGAGAGAGAAUGAUGGGGGAGAAACUGUUCCAUCUCAGCCACUUACACCCAGAAGGGGAAAUGAAAGUGACUCUCAUUCUGGAGCCAAGAAGUAAUAUAAGUAGUGGAGAGUCUCCGCUUAGCCCAUCUGUGGUGUCGCACAGUGAUAGUGCUUCAUCCACACAGUCGCUGUCUCAUGGAGGGGUGCCAGAACUAUUGGUGGGGCUGUCCUACAAUGCCACAACAGGGCGAUUAUCUGUGGAAAUGAUCAAAGGCAGCCAUUUCCGUAACCUGGCUGCUAACCGUGCUCCUGAUACAUACGGAAAACUCUUUCUCCUCAAUUGUGUGGGUCAAGAGAUGUCCCGCUGCAAGACGUCCGUUCGACGUGGCCAGCCCAACCCUGUCUAUAAGGAGACCUUUGUCUUCCAGGUGGCCCUCUUCCAGCUCUCUGAUGUUACGUUGAUGAUUUCCAUUUACAACAGGCGUACUAUGAAGCGGAAGGAGAUGAUCGGCUGGAUUGCUCUGGGCCAGAACAGCAGUGGCGAGGAGGAGCAGGAUCACUGGGAGGAAAUGAAGGAAACCAAAGGCCAGCAGAUCUGCAGGUGGCACACGUUGCUGGAAUCCUAGGUUUGCCAACCAGCAUUUCUGUGCUGUGUCAGCCUUGGUCAUCUGCAUUGCUGGCUCCUGACACCAAGUCAGAACAUUUUGGGGGCUUUCAAAACUCUGGAAUGUUCUGAGUGGGGUCUUUGUGUUUCCCAAAAGUUUGACUUGACUUUAAUAUUGUAAUGAAUGAAAACCUAUAUAGACAGCCAGGUGCACAGUGUAGGAAAUGUCACUGUAGUCGAGACCACUAGCAGUGAGUUAAUUUGUGCUAAUAGAUGAUUGAGUUUUGGUUCACACUAUGGGAUGAGGCCUCUCGUGCUGUCAAUGUUUGCUUAGAAAGUAGCCGAGAUUGCAGGGGAGCUGUUAAAUGUUACUGUUUUCCAUCGCUUAGGUUUAUGAAUCAGAAUCUUCUUAGUGUAAAGAAUCCCAAAAUGCAAAAAGGAAUCAGAUGCUGGGGGAGACAGAAAAAUGUAACCACUGUUACAUUUGAUUUGAUUCCUCUGUCAUGCUUACUCUCUUUAUCAAAAAACUAUUUACCCCAAAAGUAAUUGUUAUAAAUUUGUGCUAUAAAAUAAAUUUGUAUUCAUUAAAUGCCUCUUUUAUCUCAAUUAGAUAGUAUGGUUUCUAAAAGAAUUGUGUAUAUGAAUCCUUUUGAAGCUGGAAAAGAGUUUAAAAAUUACUGUUGUAUGGUUUGUCUCUAUUUGACUAUGUAAGAUUUCAAACCUGUAACUGUCAAGGAUUUUAUGCUGUCUUCCUUACCUAAUCAGUCCCCAAAGAAUGAGAAGAAACAUUUCCGAAUCUGACAUUCUUUUGGCUUAUACUUUUUCUAUACCAAUUAUUCGUAUAGAGAUUUUGUAUGGACUCCCGCAUGUCAACCACUCUCACUUUUAUAAAGUGUUCCUUGCCAGCAGAGCAGAGUAAAAUGCAUAGAGUGGGAUUUUAAUAAAUGCCAACUUUAUUGACUUAUGGGAAUGAGCAUGUGAACUCAGAGUAAAGAAAUACUUUCCCUUUGUGUGGAAUGGCGCUGACUUCUUGGAGCAUUUGAAAUGCCUGCAACUGUCACUUUUCCUGGCAUUUGCAACAACAUGUAUUAAUGUCUCCUCUUCUGGGCACAAUGCUGUUUAUUCUGAACACUGAUCUUGUACAGCUGUGGGCAUGGAGUUUUACUUAUGACUUUUACAUAUUUAUGCAACGCAUGUUUGAUUUCUAGAUUGGAGCUCUUACUUUGAAUUACUUUCGCCUGGUAAUAAUAAAGAAAGAACGAAUGUACGUGUAACCCAGUGCUCAGUGUUAAGCUUUUCUGAGCAAUUGCUCAGUCUCUUAUUUUUAGCUUUUUAUGUUUCAUUGUUGACUUUUCCUGUCUGUGGGAAGAGUGAUAGCUAGUGAUGGAUGUAUACAGUCAAAAACACACAACUCCUCCUCAGCUCUACAUUUUGACAGAUUGUAAGCGUAGGCUGCAACCCAGGAGAACAUAUUUAUUCCGUGCAGUUUGUAAUGGUUAUCCUGACAAGACCAGACUAGUGCACAAGAUAACUCUACUAUGAUUA